CUCCAAGGCGCCGCCGACGAGGUCGAAGCCGUUCGCCAAGAGAACGCCGAGCUCCGCAUCGCUAAGAACGACCUCGCCAAACGCCUCUCCGAGGUUGCUGAAGCUGCUGUAAUCUUAAGUGCAAAGAAGUGCUAGAUCAGAAGCCAUAAAAGAGUAAAUUCGAAGACAAGAAAUUGUGUUAUAUGCAGGAGAAUGUAUCACUUCCAGAUCUGCCAAACGCUGAAGCUUUUACCAAUGAAGAAAGAGUUUUGAUAACUGGAAAAAUCAAAUUGGAAUAUUUUUGGAAAGCUUCUUGUUAUCAUUUGGAAGAGGGAUCCCUAAAGUCGAGUAAGAUUGGGCACAAUGAGAGAAAGUUGGAAAUUUUUGAAAAGCUCGAAGAAAGAAGCAAGGGACAUAAUGAAAAAGAUGCCCAUGCCUCGAAAAGAAAAGGUGAAAGUGAUGAUGAGGGGUUAGCAGAAGGAGAGGCUGAAGAAGAAAGCAGUGAAGAUGAUUAUAAUCAGAACGUAGACUUUGAUGAUGAUGAAGACGAUCUGAAUAUGGAGGAAGAAGCUGAUGAAGAUUUCUAUGAAUAGAAGGCUGCUGCUCCCCUUAGCACUCAUUUCUUUGAUAGGGCCUAGGAGCAACCCUAAGAUACCUUUCCUGGAAAACUUGUCAGCAGUUAUUAGCAGUUUCAAUCAAAACUUGUGCUUCAUGAAGCUUCCAAUACCAAGGUGAAUGGUUCUUUCUAUAAAAGUUGCAAGCAGUUGUUGGUUUGUCGGAGGCUUACAUUAUUUGUGUUUUCUUUUUCCGAUAGACUAAUUGAAGAUGGUUGCCAAUAUAUAUAUAUAUAUAUAUAUAUUUUUGACAAAAGAGCUGAUAAACUAGCUAGCUACAAACUCCAACAAGAAAAAAUUACAACCCCAUUGAAGGGCUGUCUCUUCAAGCCUCCAGGAACAGUGAAGCCCUUAUGAAAGAAGCAAACAGUAUAAUUUGCCAGGCAAUCUGUCAGCCCAUUCCUAUCUCAUUGUAUCACUCCCUGAACUAGCCGUGGGAAAGUAGUCCAGGAGGUUCUUAAUGCUUUUAAUCAUGUUUGAUAAUCUCCAGUAAAUUCUACUAUAUUCCUGCUAAAUCAUUUGAGCUAAGCUUGCGCAAUCCAUAUGUAUUGAAUCUAGCCCAAUUUUUCUAUGCCUGCACUGCUCCAAUGCAGAAGAAAGGGCAUUAAUCUUUACUUCUAGACUUGAAUCAACAUUGCAAUUCAUGGCACGUAUUAUAAUAAUCUGAGUAUAGUUAGAAGUGUUUACAAAACCAAUUCCCCUUGGGAAGCACUAUCCACCCAAGAGGCAUCACAAAAAAACAAGAAUGGAAAAGCAUGAAGUUGAGUUAAAGAUAGACUCCCUGCAAUGCAAUGUUUACUCCUUGGAGUAUUCAAUUGAGUAAUGAAGACCUUUUUGGAAUAUUGUAUUUUUAAAGUCUGGCCUGGCCCUAGUGAAUUACACCUAGCUGUCUAGAUGGCCAAAGCACAAGAUGCCACCAGAUUCUUGAAGAAAAGAUCCCCACCACUGGACUGAAACCUACCAUUUAACCAAUUUCUUGUAUAAAAUACUAGCAUAGAAUUCAAAUUAACUCCAGUAUAGGCAGCAGCCAUGCUCCAGUAUAUUUGAGUCUUGGGGCACUCCAAGAGAAUGUGUUCUGCAUUUUCAAGCGUUAGACCACCAAAUAUACAAGGUAAUGCAAGUCAUAUGUUAAUAGCAUACAUAAAGCUGAUGUGGGACGUCUACCAUGGAAAAGCUUCCAAAGAAAUAAUUUAACUCUAGGAGCCACUUGCAACUUCCAGAGAAGGUGCCAACCCUUCCAAUGCUCAUAGUGGACAGAACUUUGAUUCAAAUGAUUGUAUACCAUCUUGGAACUUUUUUCAACAAAACAUUCAACAAACCAAACCCAAUGAUUUCGACUAUUGUAAUAUAAAACCCACUUAGAAAGCCUACAUCAGUCCAAACGCAUACCAAGAACUAAUUGGGUUUCCUGAACAUCAAGAGCAUUUCCACUCACAAAGUUAUCAGUUGAUAAGGAUUUUAAUCAAUAAUGCAUAUUGAUAAAUGUUGGUUUGAAUGCUAAUGGGAUGCGAAAACAUCAUGGGUCAUUUCAAAAGUCGAUGCUAUUUGGGUUGCAGCAAUUGAUCGAGAAAUGAGGCCUUAAAAUCUCAGCAGUUCUACACAAAGAUAUAUAAAGUUCAUAGGAUUUAGCUAUCUUAACACAAUUCGAGACUUUGAACUCCCCAUAUUUAAUUUUAAAAAUAUUCAUCCAAAGCUUAUUGUCAGAGUUAAUCACUGCAAAGAGGUUCUUAGCUACAACCUUAGAGCGCCUAAGAUUCCCCUUCAAGGUUGUCAGGUGUAGCAGCAUUCCAAGAAAUUGAGUGAAAGCUGCUUCUAUUGCUACCCUUCGUCUGAAGGAAGUUCCUUGCUAUUUUGGAAAUUUUAUGAAGUCAG